UUUCUCUCGUCUCUCCAAAAUACAAAUUUUAUUUAGUAUGACGUGGAAGGAGGACUUGCGAGCGCAUUUCAGAUUCCUGGAGAAGCGAAUUGAAGAGCUGGCCUUGGAAUUCACCCCUCCCUUGGAAUUCACCCCUCCAAAAGCCCACGACCUGCCAGUAGCCGAGACUUCUGCCAGCAGCGAGCGGAUCGGAGGAAUCAUUAUCCCUGGCAUUGGACCGCAGCACCGCCGCCCGCUCAUCACCCCACUCGAUGACGACCACCACAUCGCUGUCAAACACCUAGCUGCAAACACCGACGAAUUGCUGGCAUGUAUCGAGGCUCCAUCUGCGCUCCUGCGGUUGUCCGAACCCAAAUACCUGUCUGAAAACUAUGCCUGGGCGCAAUGGUGGACGGCCGAUAUUGGUGGUGCACAAAAGCCUGAGGUGGUUAGGUUACUUGGCCCGUGGAUCUCGCGAUGUGUGCUAUCCAAGGCAUCCAGUUUGCUUGUCGCGCUGCCAUCGUCUGACAGACAGCUUCUGCUCUUUCCCUAUGUCUCCAAAGGCAAUCCGGAGGCGUCCUGGCAGGUCGUCCAGUCUCUGGUCGGAAUGCUGUCGAAUCGAGCAGCCAGAUCGGGUCUCUCGCAGCCCGCCUUAACCCUGAUAGUAGCAUUGCUGGAUCACGCUGUUUCCACAGGCGUCGUCAGCCCCGAUAGCGUCCUGCAGUCUAUCACAGCCGCCAAUGCUCUCUUGCCGCUCCACCGCAGCCUGUGGUCGGAGUACCUGCAAACCAUGGCGGCAUUGCCUGACCGGCUGGCAGGUGUUGUUGAUCCGCAGUCCAUCCCAAUAUGCCUCACCCCGCGCGUGUAUUAUGCUGCAGUUGCCCGGUCCACUGCUGCGCUGAUCGAAUGCGGCCACGGGGCUCCAUCGCGCAUGCUUCUGGAAGAGCUAUGCUCGAAGCUCUGUCGCGUGGGACAGGCCGACUGCCUGAGCGUCGAAAUCACCGCCUCCUUGCUGGCAGCGGCCAAGCAGCGGAUCGCCCUGGCUUCGGUGCCCGAGAACGACAGGCUUCGGAAAUCCUGCUGUGUUUUGUCUCGGGUGCAGCCGCCAUUCGGACCGCGUCUAGUGUCGGCUGUCAUGCAGCAGCUCGAUACUGUUGUUGGCCGUGUCAUAGCAGAGGAUGACUCAUGUGCGCGCCAGAUCGGAGAGCAGGCGGCGGUUAUCAUUGCCAGCAUUCUGUUUGAAUAUGUCGACCGGGAAUGCACGCAGCUUGCCAUUGACCACGCCAUUUUGUCACUGGUCAAAUCUCCGCUGGGGACAUACUGGUCAACAACCACGUACCAGGCCAUCGCACUAGCGCUACGGAUGCUGUCGGGAAAGAGCAGUGAUGAGGAGCUUUCGUCGCUUCUGCCCAGCCGUGUGUUUCCGGAUCUUUUGGAAAAGGCAGUCACCGGCAGCCUGCUGCCCAUGUGGUCGCUUCCUGAGCUGGUCACGUACGGCCAGGCAGAGCAUGUCAAGGCGCUGACAUCGUUGGUUUUGGCCCUGGUCGGAUUGUUGGACAAGAAGGAGCGCACGCGGCUCUCGACUAGUGCUGCGUUCAUGCGUGCCAUCCCACGGUUCCUUGAUGCGCCCAUUGCGCAGAUAAAGCUGUCGGGAAUCAUUGUUGCUGAUGCGGUGGCCAACUGUGGCGAUGGCGAAUCGCUUGACUUUGGUCUGGAUGACAUUAUCCGCGACUCAUUGCGCACGGACAUCCCACCAGGCACCCGUGCCCUGGCCACUGCCAGUGCCAACUAUAUUGCUGAAAUGCGCAAGUAUCUCUUGCCGGUUACGUCUCAAUGGGCCAAGAGUGUGAAAAGUAAUGACGCAGUAACGGCCAAGGCUGUCGACUUUGUUCGGGAAUACGUCAGUACACGUCCGGAGGAUAGUGAUCUGGUUCUGGCACCGCGCCAGUCGAGUCUAGUGGACCCGCAGCAGCUGAGCAGCGGGUUUGUCAAGCCGCGCACGCCCGUGUUCCUCCACGACUGUCUAGCAUACCUGAAGGACGCCAACGACACGGAAAAGACCAAAAUAGGGCUGUUUGCCCUUGCGGACUGUGUAGGUAAGGCAAAUACAAAGACAGUUGAGGAGCUGUGGCUGCCUGCCGCAAACAAGCUCCUGUUCCUAUAUAACCGCGGGCCCGACAACCUGGACUGGGCGUGGGAUCUCGAGCGGCGCCGGGCCCUGGCGGCAUUGGCGGUCAGGCUGCCUGAGCAGAUCGGGCCGUUCCUAGCGGACAAAUCGUGCGAUCGCAAUCUGACCAUCAAGGACCGCGAGAUAGUGUUCUCUGCCAUCUCCAAUGCGUGCCUGCAGCUGUCGGGCAUUAGCGAGGACGAAAUCCCCAAGGAACGCAUUCUUGAAGAGCCAGUGCAAAGUGACCGGCCUGGUGCAGCAAUUGGCGCCGGGACAGUUGUUCGCCGGUCGCGCAAGCUGGAUCUCGCAAAACAGCGAGUGUCUGGCGCCGCAAUCAGCGAGCUGGAUAAGAAGCGGCAUCUGUACUCGAGCAUUGUCGGACCAGCGUUCUUCUUCCCGCUGAUCUCCCAGUAUGGCAAAAGCGACAUGAGCACCAGCACCAGCGACAUACGCGGUGAUGCCUCGGUGUUUGAGAAAUACCUCAACACGCUGGCAGUCAUUCUAUAUACGGCCGGCUCCGCAACGCAUCUGCUUCGGAUGAACCGCGAGUUCUGGGAUCUGGCCAAGCUGGUACGUAGAAUGAAGGCGCGCAAUGUCAGCGAGUCGCCGCCGGUCUUGGACGCACUGCUGUUUGGACUCGACGUUGCUUUGAGCCCGGACCGCGCGCUGAGCGCACCGACGCUGGCCAACGAGUUCCGCGGCGACAUUGCCGAUGCCCUGGUAUGGAUCAGCUCGCUGAUGGAGCAGAAUCGGCUGGGCGAUUCGGCAAUGGCCCAUGCGUCGCGAAUUGUUAUGCGGCUGCAUGAGAUCCAGGGCGACGUGCGUCGCAGAGUGACCUCAAGCGACAUUCACCAGUUUAUGUCCAUCAUUUAAAAAUGUCUAUUAGUAAUAUGGCUCCUUGUAUUAUGUU